AUGUUACGAGAACCUCUAUUGCAACAUCCAACCCCUUGUUCGCCCCUAUUGUCUCUCACACUUCUAUCCCGCCCCCAGCUAGCCCGUACAUGCCAUCCUGAUAAGAACCCCGGCGACGAGAGCGCCAAGGCCAAGUUCCAAGCUGUCGGCGAAGCGUACCAAGUCCUCAUGGACCCCGCCAAGCGCGAGCAGUACGACCGCUUCGGCCGCGCCGCUCUGGAAGACACAUUCAUGGACCCCGGCUCAUUCUUCACCAUGGCCUUCGGUGCAGAGCGGUUCAAACCGCUUGUGGGGGAGUUGACAGUGGCGUACACGGCGGCGGGAAAUCUGACGGUGGAGGAGGUGAAGAGGUGGCAGGCGCGGAGAGAGAGGGAGCUCGCGGACGGGCUGCUGAAGCGGCUGGGGCUGUGGCUGGCGGGGGAUGAGGAGGGGUUCGUAAGGGAGGCCGUGAAGCUGGUGGACGAGUUGAAGGGCGAAGCGUUUGGGGUCGCCUUCCUGCACUGUAUCGGCUACACGUACUACUCGCGGGCGCAGGUGCUGCUGGGCCUCACAGAGCUGCUCGGCAUUCCGGGCUUCGUGAAUGCUGUGAAAGAAUCCGGACACACCAUGAAGACCCGGUACAAUGCUGUGGAUGCGGCGCUUAAGCUGUCGGACAUGCAGUCUUAUACCUGGUCAACCCUCCCUCUCCCUCACUCGCUCCCUCACUUGCUCCCUCACUCGCUCCCUCACUUGCUCCCUCACUCGCUCCCUCACUUUCUCCCUCACUCGCUCCCUCACUUGCUCCCUCACUCGCUCCCUCACUUGCUCCCUCACUCGCUCCCUCACUUUCUCCCUCACUCGCUCCCUCACUUGCUCCCUCACUCACUCCCACACUCCCUCCCUCCCUCAAUUCAUUGCUCAUUUUCUAUCCCCUGCUUUCUUUGCAUCCCCCCUCCCCUCCGCCCUGCCCUAUUCCUCGUUUCCAUUUGCCAACUGCAACAGAUAAGCGUGCUGGACAUAGAGAGUACACUGCGCCACGUGGUGGAGCUUGUAGUGAAAGACAAGACUGCUUCUAAGGAGGACAGGAAGAAGAGGGCCAGUGGCAUCAUGCGUUUGGGGAAAAUCUUCCAAGAGGCAUAG